AUGGACCCGUCAGAAGUCAACGUCCCUCCGCUCAAGGACCUGACAAUCGACAACAUUACCGAGAAUGUGCACAUGAUCAACUCACAAUGCGACGACCCUCGCAUGAAAUACCUGCUCGAGAGACUCGUCUCCCAUGUUCACGACUUUGCCCGUGAGACGAGGCUCAGCACCAAUGAGUGGAUGGCCGCUAUCCAGUUCCUCACAAAGGUCGGCCAGAUCAGCAGCGACGUACGCCAGGAGUUCAUCUUGCUUUCCGAUGUCAUUGGUCUCUCGCUCUUGGUCGACAGUAUCGAUCACCCCAAGCCCGCUGCCAGUACAGAGGGCACUGUUCUAGGCCCCUUCCACACCCACGAAGCUCAACUCGAGGGCAACGGCGGCAGCAUCUCACAUGACCCCGACGGUGAGCCUUGCUUAGUCCUUUGUACUGUCAAGGACACUGCCGGCAAGCCCAUUGAGAACGUCAAGAUUGAUAUCUGGGAGACGGACAGCAAAGGCUUCUACGACGUGCAAUACGCAGAAAGAGAUGGUCCAGAUGGCAGAGCUGUCAUGAAGAGCGACAAGGACGGUGUCUUCUGGUUCAACGCUAUUGUGCCAGUACCAUACCCUAUUCCUCACGAUGGCCCAGUCGGUCAACUUCUCAANAAGUUAAAGCGUCAUCCAUACCGUCCCAGCCACAUGCAUUUCAUGUUCGAGAAGCCCGGCUACGACAACUUGAUCACGUACGUACAUCCUACAUAUCAUCUCUCUCACGUCAUUGUACUGACUUUGCUCCAGNNCGCACUAUACCUGCGUGGCGACCCUUACGAAACUUCAGAUGCCGUUUUUGGUGUCAAGGAGUCGCUGCUCAUCGAUCUGGGUACCGUGUCCGCCGAACAAGCCAAGGAGUAUGGUGUGAAAGAAGGCGGCAAACUCAUUACAUACGACUUCGUUCUUGUGACCGAUGACGAGUCGCGCAAGCUGCGAGAAGAAAAGGCCAUGGAAGCCAUGAAGAAGCUUGGGAGAAGAAUGAAAUUAUACCAGGGCCUGCCUGUGCCCGAUGUCGAUUAG